GCCCCACCCCCUGCUGUCACGGAGCCCGCCCCCGGGAGCUCUCCAGCAGCUGUGCAGCCCGCACCCUCAACCACUGACAGCGCUGCUACUGGAGGAGUGAGUGCUGCUGCCGCUAGUCUUUCCUCUUGUUCCUCUUGUCUAGGAAUGAGAAGCGAUGUCCGGCUUAUCCAGCGAGGAGAAAACCUGCCGCAGGUUCUUGGAGCUUUUCUUAGGGGAGUUUAGAGGAGCCUUCGGGGAGGAGGACCCUAUCCCACUCCGGCCCGUGUCUGACCACAUCACCCCUGAAGAGGUGGAAGGGGAAUGCCUGGACCUGUGCCUGCAGCAUCUCUGCAAAUAUAAUUGCCCAUCUUUCCUGGCUGCUGCAUUGGCAAGGGCAACAGCAGAUGAAAUCCAGCAAAGCGACCUAUCUGUGUACUACUCGCCAAAGCAUGUGGAUGGCACAGAGGGGAUCAUACAACUUGAGGCCAUUAAACUUGCCCGUGGAGUGUUUAGCAAAUUGCAUGAAAUCUGCUGCAGUUGGGUAAAAGACUUCCCCUUGCAACGCAAACCACACAUGUAUUAUGACAUCUCUAUCCACGCCAUCAAGAACAUGCGAAGAAAGAUGGAGGACAAGCAUGUCUGCAUCCCAGACUUUAAUAUCCUGUUUAAUCUGGAGGAUCAGGAAGAGCAAGCUUACUUUGCUGUGUUUGAUGGUCAUGGAGGAGUGGAUGCUGCCAUUUAUGCCUCUAUCCAUCUGCAUGUGAACUUGGUGCGACAAGAAAUUUUCUCCCAGGAUCCAGCUGAAGCACUGUGCAGAGCAUUUCGUGUUACAGAUGAGAGUUUUGUGAAGAAAGCAGCAAGGGAGAAUCUUCGUUGUGGAACAACAGGAGUGGUGACCUUUAUCCGAGGGAACAUGCUCCACAUUGCAUGGCUAGGAGACUCACAAGUGAUGUUAGUACGGAGAGGUCAGGCUGUGGAGCUAAUGAAGCCACAUAAACCAGACAGAGAGGAUGAAAAGCAUCGGAUCGAGGCCCUGGGAGGCUGCGUUGUCUGGUUUGGUGCAUGGAGGGUUAAUGGAAGUCUUUCUGUCUCCAGAGCUAUUGGGGAUGCUGAGCACAAGCCAUAUAUUUGCGGAGAAGCUGAUUCUCUCUCCACUGUCCUUGAUGGCUCGGAAGAUUACCUCAUCCUGGCAUGUGAUGGAUUCUAUGAUACAGUAAACCCUGACGAAGCUGUGAAAGUGGUGUCUGACCAUCUGAAAGAGAACAAUGGAGAUAGUAGUAUGGUUGCCCAUAAGUUGGUGGCAUCUGCUCGUGAUGCUGGCUCAAGUGAUAACAUCACAGUGAUUGUGGUAUUUCUCAGGGACCUGAAUACAACGACUAAUACUGAACAAGAAAAUAAUCAAACGGAGAACUCUUUUGAUGGUGGUCAAGAAGACAAUGGAGAUGAUAAAGAGAACCAAGGAGAUUGCAAAGGGUCGUGGCCUCUUCACCAGUGUUCAGCCCCUGCUGACCUUGGAGGCUAUGAUGGGCAGGAUUCCUUCACAGACAGAACUAGCUUGAGCCUUGGCCCUGAAGUAAAAGUUUUAGAAGAUCAAGACUACCUAAACCCAUUGCAAGGGGAUGAUGGCAAACCACGUAGUGCCAAAUGUUUACCGUGCUCCCAAGUGACCAGUGCUAGCUCACCAAAGAGAGCCAAUGGAAGGAAGGAGUUUUUAGAAGGGGCUUCAUUCUCUUUAGAAAAAGGCUUUCGUGAAGGUGAUUCCAGCAGUCAAGGAUUGGGAUGUAUUGAUAUUUUAAUGCCCAGAAAGGAGGGUUUACUUUGUCCUUCUUGGGAUAUGAAAGAUAAAUGUUUGGAAGCAAUGAUGAAGGUCCCUUUUCAUUUAGCUCCCUUACAUUUCAGAAAGAGGAGAGGAGGAACCAAGGCAAAACCAAAGUGUUCACAGCUUCACUCUUCCCAAAAGCCUUGUUACAAAGCUCAGUGUGUGCCCGUGCAAAGUGUUGUGAAAAAUAGGGUUUCAAUCCAUAGCUCUGCAAGAUGUAGGAAAGGUAGUCAUCAAGAUACUUUGAUGAAUAGAGCAUUGUUAAGAGAGAGCAACUGUAUAGCACUGGCAGAUCGACACAGAAGCUAUAACAUGUAAAAAUAAAUUCUACAAUCCUUGUGAGU